AGCUUUUUGCUGCAAAGUCUUUGGUGUUUACCUGAGGCCAUUUGGGAUCCCUCUGCAGCAUCCUCUGCCAUUUUGUUAGCAGCUGAUAUACUAGUACCCAAGGCAGAUUUAAUCAUGAUCCUGUGGUUGUUAUUCUGCAGGAAAAUACAUCCAGCAGAGUGACAGAGUGCAGGGUCAGGGCUGUCCCAUCACUGGCGCAUGGAAGGAUGGGAGGAUGACUUAGGGAUAGAGUCUCCCCAUAAUGACGUGGUGGCCACACUUCUUUGAUACCAAAAUGACAUUUUCAACUUGACGGCUAUAUUUGGCAUUACCCUAGGGAGCGGAGCCUUGCUGCUGCACGGGAUGAGUGGUGCUAGACGUGCUGCUACGUGGCCAGGAAGGGCAGUGAUGGCCAAGCGAUUGCGCAAUUUCCUCUAAAAAACUAUUUAUACUGGGAGUAGCGGGCCGGGAGCCACGUCAGCAGCAGGAUAGGCACUGAGCUGCCCCUGCACAGCCCUCGCCUGCCCGCUGCGCUCUGCCCUGCGCUCAGCCAGCCCGGCUGCACCUGCACCGCCUCACUGCGCCAGCCCGCCAUGGCAGAAGGCAGGAGCGACCCCCAGCCUGGGGACCUGAUCGAGAUUGACCGGCCAGGUUACCAGCACUGGGCCCUCUACGUGGGGGAUGGAUAUGUCAUCCACUUGACAGAUGAAGAAGCCUCAUCCCUUUGGCUAAGCAGCUCAUCAAUACAGGCUACAAGAGCCAAGGUGAAGAAGGAGCUCCUGAAGGAUGUGGUGAGAAAUCAUAAAUGGCGUGUCAACAAAACGCAUGACCGCUUCCACACUCCUUUCCCUGUGAAGGAGAUCAUCCAGCGUGCUGAGCAACGGAUUGGCGAGGAGUUGACAUAUGAUGUGCUUACCAGCAACUGUGAGCACUUUGUGACAGAGCUCCGCUACGGAGAAGGAGUCUCAGACCAGGUGAGUGCCAGGGGUGAGCCCUGGGUGCCUCCCAGAGCAGCUCCUGGCUGCUGGCUGUGAGCCAGGCACUGGGACACAGCCUGCAGCCUGCAGGGCACAGCCCAGUGCCAGGCGUGGGCUCCAAAGCAGCGCUGCCUUCCCAGAGCCCCUGCUCCUGCAGGGUCCCUGUGCUCUGGCUGCACCCUGGCAGUGCCCUCUCCCUGAGUGCCACCUCCUGGGGGGACAAAUCUGGCUGCUACCCCUUGUGCUAAUGGGGCAUAUGAAUCUCACUGAUUUAUUUACCAUUAUUAUCCCUGUCUUUUCUAUAUUAUCGUGCUAAGGAGUGGUAAAUAUAACUGCUCAUCAUGUAUCCAGCCUGUGUUUUGCUUACUCUUUUAUAGGCCACAAAAGCAAUUACGGCGGUGCAACAUCUGUCUUUCCUCGGGUGAUGUUGU